UGUUUGAAGAUAAAAGCUGUUCUGUCGAUAUCACCGUGAGUCUCUAGAGAGCCUCUCUCGCUACCAUGGCUCCGAUCCGCAGAGAGACUGUACUGUCACCGAUGUUUGUGUUCUUCCUUCUAACUUUAUCACCGUCGCAUGGGGCUCCAGCGGAGGAAAUGGUCAUAGGACCUCCUGUCGAACAGCCUCCGAUGCCAGUGGUCCACGUACAUAAAACUCUGUACGAGUAUAACUCCAAGUACCCGCUGACUCCACCUGAAGCCACCGAGAAUGGCAUCAGGUACCGCAUCGGCCUCAUCAACGACGCUGACGUCACAUCCAAGGUGUCCAACGGAACUUGGGCGAGCCAGUUCAAGACCGGGUACCUGGAGUGGCGUCCGAAAGCGGGAAAAGCGGGCGAAGUCGUAUUCGAGUGGGAUGAGGGCGAGCCUGUAAAAUUCACUACACAUUUCGGGUACGAGGGUCGUGGCAUGGAGCUGUCGGACCUCAUAGUAUACGACGGUAGAUUGUUGACAUUCGACGACAGGACUGGCCUCGUCUACGAGCUGGACUUGGAGACGAAGAAGGCUAUUCCUUGGAUCUACCUUGGAGCUGGGAACGGUAAAACUGUUAAAGGGCAGAAGAGCGAGUGGGCGACCAAACGACAUAACCUAUUGUACGUGGGUAGUUCUGGCAAUGAACUGGCUAGGGAUGGCGUUGUCACUAACAAGGACCUGAUGUGGAUCAAGGUCAUCAAUCCUGAGGGACUCGUCACUCAUGUGGACUGGGAAAAUAGAUACGAUGAUCUCAGGAAACAGGUCGGCAUCCAGUUCCCAGGGUCACUUGUUCACGAGUCCGCUCUCUGGAGUGAUGUCCAUCAGCGAUGGUUCUUCAUGCCCCUGAGGAAGCUGGAAGGUCCCUUCGACCGCAAGACUUACCCUCAUUUAAGCACCAACAUCCUUUUGAGUGCAGACGCCAACUUUGAGGACAUCAAGAACAUAACUGUGGGGGAUGUCCACGGAGACCACGGGUUCUGCAGCUUCAAGUUCAUCCCCGGCACCGAUGACAAUGUGGUGGUCGCCCUCAAGUCGGAGGAUCAGGUGGUGGACGGGAAGCCCCAGUACUCUACUCACAUCAUGGUCUUCCUCAUAGACGGAACUGUCAUCCAGGACGAACUCAGGAUCUCCGACCUCAAAUUUGAGGGAAUCGAGUUUAUCUAACACCAAAUUAUUUUUUUCUAAAAUCCAUUCUGAAAGUAAAUUCAUUUUAAGGUGUCAAAGCUCUUGUGUGUAAUCUUUAUCCAUACAUUUAGGACUGAUACACUAAAUUGUUUCUAAAUUACAGAAUGCCAAGUAA